AUGAAGAUUUUAAAGAGAUUGCCUUCAUGUUUUACAAAUAAAAGCCCGCCAUUGUUAUACGAGAAGGAAAGCAACAGUGAAACUUGUUCGUUGCAAAGUUCGAAAUCUCACUGGGGACUAUCUGAAGCAGAAACGCUCACAGACGGGCUUUAUGAUUGUGAAUUGAAUGGGGAUUUCGGAAAAACGAAGCAUCUCUCACCAGCAUUAGAAUGGAGAGAUCCUCUUUACUCCGGUCAAAGAGAAAAAACACUGUUUCCAGUAACUAAGAGUCCGAUCAGGAAGUCAAAACUUCAACUUCUAGACUUAUCAAAGAACAAAUUCAUAGACACAAAGAACUUAAAGCUUGCAAUCACUCUACCAGAAGGACCACUGUAUGCCGGCACACUUAUCAAAGGACACAUUUGGUUGUCCUAUGAUCCUCUUCUCGAUCAAGAUGAUUCCAUCUGUAUGACACAACUCUAUAUUGAUUUCUUUGGCGCCUUGAACUUGAAAACCGCAACAGAGCCCUUCUUUUCGGUGUCAGAAAAGUAUUCCCUCCAGCAUGCUUUGCCUGCAAACCAAACAAAGCCAGGAGCAUUUUCUUCCAACGAAUUUGGUUUCCUACUUAAAGAGCCUUGCAAAUUUAGCUUUCCAUUUGCGUUUGUUGUUCCUUUAGAUCUCGGACCGGGAACGCUGAAAACGCAAAAAUUGCAACUUUCAUAUUCCUUCUCUGCAACUAUAUUUUUCUCUUCCCUUUCAGGCGAAGCUCGGUUUACCAGAACAUCCAUUGAGAAAACAAUACUUCCAUCUAUGAACGAGAAUAUCGCUUCGAUCACAAACAAAAUCGAUUGUGAAAAUAGGAUCGACUCAAAAAGGCUUGAAACCCCAAAACUUUCACUCAGAAUAUCCAUAUCCCGAUCAUUGUUUUUAAGUGGUGAAGACGUUGGGCUAAGUAUUAGUUAUAACAGCAAAUCUCAAUCCGUAGUCCGUUCUAUUAACGUCUACUUGUUAGAGUAUAUUCAGUUGUUGAAAAUCGACUCACGCCUAAAUCAAGCUUUGAAAGCACCACCAAAAAAGACAGGAAAGGUCAUUUUGAAACGAAAAGUAACAUCUCAAGAUGCUAGUCAUUACAAUAUUUCUCCUCAACCAGGGCAAUUAUACAUCUCCUUGAGGUUACCAGAAUCCUGUAGAUCCAUAGAAACAAACGCCCAGAUUCGCAUAUCCUACACAAUAAAGGUCUCUUUAAAAACAGUCUUACAUUCGAAACUGACAGAAGCCUAUCUUCCUAUAACAAUCUUGCAUGCGUAA